GUCGUCGCGUUCGGUUGCGUUUUCUGCAGCGAGUCUCGUAACGCCUGCUGCGUGUGCUCGUCGAACGGUUCCACCACCUCGUCCAGCCGUGGCCCGGAGUCUCUCGGUGUGGUUUGGGGCAGUGUGAGUGUGUGGAGGACGAGUUUACGCGUUCGGAAGGAAAGAAGAUAACGAGCAAUAAGGGGGGAGAAAAAAAAGAAACAGUGUCACACAUAUCGCCGGAUUCGCCAGGAAGCGCCCGGGAAAACUCGAUGAACCGUAAUUCGAUGCCGGAACACGCGAAACCGCCACCGCACGCCGUGGGGUUUUUAGUGUGAGCCAGCGCGACUGAAAGUGGAGAAAGCCAAGUGCUUGGAAGAAAGGUUUGCUGGUUUGCCAACGAGAGUGAGCGCUGGCGAAGGUGGCCGCGCAAAACCAUGAGCACGGUAUUCCGGUGGAAGUGUUCCAGUGCGCUUUGCAGCCGAUGCCAGCAACACGAUCAAAAGACACGAUCCAGCAGUAGUGAAGAGAAUUAGAAAAAGCAUACAAAAAAUUUGCAAUUGGGAACAUCGUGGAAUUCUUCGACUGGACUCGAGAGGCAGGCAACGUAGGAAGCAGUUCCGUAUCGAAGUAUCAUCAGAUUGUCAAGGGCACCGCAGACCAAAACAUUCACAACCAUCCGGCGAGCCACAAGCAGCGACAAACAGCAGCGAAACCCCCAUCAACAAUGGCUUCCAACAUACACAAAUGGGAAAAGCUAUCGCCCAGCGAGUUCCAGCAGCUGCAAGAUUUGGCCUCAUACUCAACGAAAAAGCUCCAGACCGUGCUGCAGGAGUUCUGCUCGCCGUCCACACCGUCCGCCUCACGGUUCCAUCCGGAUGGGGACAUCGAUUACGAAGGUUUCCGAAAGUUUCUCGACUCGUUCCUGGACUGCGAAACGCCCGAGGACCUCUCGAAGCAUCUGUUCAUAUCAUUCGUCAAGCCGGCGCUGUGCCAGGCCCAGGCCCAGCACAGCCAUGGGAAGGCCCUGUGCCAGAUGGCGGCCAUCAGCAGCAAUGCGGCCUGCGCCCCGGUUACAUCGCACAAUCGAGGCUCGAUACCGAACCUCAACAGCAUCGUGGACAUUCCGACCCCGCAGCCAUCGCAGGAGUCGCAGCGGAACAGCUUCGUCGAGCGGAUACACGGGCUCACCGAUAAGCUGCAGUCGCUGGGCCACCUCGGACUCGACGGAGGCAACGACGGUGGCAAGGGCAAAAGUGGUGCGUAUCCGCUGAGGGGGACCGUUCAUCCGAUGCUGACGGUGACGCCGAGCCCGAUGGGAUGUACGCCGCCAGUCCUGCAGCCCCCGUUUCGGCGCUCGGCCGACUCCAGCCCCUCGCACUCGCACAGCCACUCGCACUCGCAGAUCUCCCGGAACUCGUCUCGCAAGAGCAACAACUCCGUCAACUGUCGGAUCGAAGACAUUAGACUGAUUCCGAGAAAGCAGUCCUUUCUGGAUCCACUGCUGCUGAAGGUUCCACUCAAGGAUGUCGUGUGCUACCUCUCGCUACUGGAAGCCGGUCGGCCGGAGGAUAAGCUGGAAUUCAUGUUCCGGUUGUACGACACCGACGGAAACGGCGUCCUCGAUACGACCGAAACGGAUGCAAUCGUCAACCAGAUGAUGUCGGUCGCCGAGUACCUUGGCUGGGACGUGUCCGAGCUGCGUCCGAUCCUCCAGGACAUGAUGACCGAGAUUGACUACGACGGCGAUGGGUGCGUUUCGCUGGAGGAGUGGCAGCGCGGUGGCCUGACAACGAUCCCGUUGCUAGUACUUCUUGGUGUCGACAAUACGCUGAAGGAGGACGGCUACCACGUGUGGCGAUUGAAACAUUUCAGCAAACCAGCCUACUGUAAUAUGUGCCUCAAUAUGCUCGUCGGUCUUGGCAAGAAGGGUCUGUGCUGUGUGCUCUGCAAAUACACCGUACACGAGCGCUGCGUUCAGCGUGCCCCGGCGUCCUGUAUCGCAACUUACGUAAAGUCGAAAAAAUCAAAAGCCACCGCCACGUUCCAGCAUCACUGGGUCGAAGGAAACUGCUACGGACGCUGCUCGAAAUGUCGCAAAAGGAUCAAAGCGUACAACGGUAUAACCGGGCUGACCUGCCGGUGGUGUCACAUGAUGCUCCACAACAAGUGCGCCACACUCGUGAAGGCAGAGUGUACGCUGGGAGAGUUCGCCAAUCUCGUCCUGCCACCGACCGCCAUCUGCCCUGCCGUGCUCGAUCGGCAGAAAUCGAUCAAUUUCACCACCAACAAGGGAAAGAGCGUUCCAUCGACAAUACACUUUCAAAUCACCAGCGAUCCGAGCUGGUGCCCGCUGCUAGUAUUCAUCAAUCCAAAGAGUGGCGGCCGACAGGGUGACCGCAUCCUGCGGAAGUUCCAGUACCUGCUAAACCCGCGCCAGGUGUACGACCUCUCGAAGGGUGGCCCGCUCGAGGGGCUAACGAUGUUUAAGGACGUGCCGAACUUUAACGUUAUCUGCUGCGGCGGUGAUGGCACGGUCGGCUGGGUACUGGAGGCGAUGGACCGUAUCGAGCUGCAGUCGCAACCGUCGAUCGGUGUGAUCCCGCUCGGUACGGGCAACGAUCUGGCACGGUGUCUACGCUGGGGCGGUGGCUACGAGGGUGAAAGCAUUCCGAAGAUCCUGGACAAAAUCAACCGUGCCUCGGUCGUCAUGCUCGACCGGUGGAGCAUCGAGGUGAAGAACAAUCCGGCGGUGGCCGAGGAAACUCCCACCACCGCCACGAUGCCCGGUCACAAGGUACUACAGGUGACACUGUCGGAGAACGUGCAGAAGGUGAUAGAGAUCUCGCAUAGGAUAAUUGCUGAAAAAUCUGUGAUCCAAACCUACGAUGAGGUUACCAAAAGUACAAACGCAACCGAGAUAUCAACGGACAGCACGAAACGUGUCGUACUGAGUGACAAUAAUGGCACAACGGAGGAGAGCGAGCAGAUCGCCACGACGGGCGGUGAGGAUGACGAAGAGGGCGGACGAGCGGAGAAGAAGCCACUGCCGGCAAGUGUUACCUCCACACCGCCACCGACACCGACCACGGCCACCACGAUAGGGCCACCGAUGACGAUAGACGAUUCGGAAAGCAUCACUGAUGUCGCUGCUGACGGUGCACCCAUCGCAUCGGAAGUCAUCGCGGUGGCACUUGAUAGUGCCGCCCCGGUAGCAAACGGUUUCGCUGGCAAUGGCAGCACGACGGUAGUACCGUUUUCCAACGGUUCCAUGAUGAUGUCCGAUGAGGCUGCACCCAACACCAACGCUAGCAGCAGCAUGGCUAACAGUAGGGAUAAUGUCGGCUGCGGAUCUAGUUGCUUUCCGUUCGACGGUGACACGACGGCGGAUGACAAACCACGAGCGGGGAUGGCGGGACCUGGUGCCAUCAAUAGUUCCUACCAUCAGCAGCAACAGCAACACCCCCAUCAUCACAUCAACGGUGGCACCACGGACAAACCGAGACCGAAGGAGAAAAUUAUCGACCUACCGAAGUUGAUAAAACCGCAGGUCGGAUCGGAAUUCACCGUGCCGUACAACAUUGUCAAUAACUACUUCUCCGUGGGUGUGGAUGCCGCCAUCUGUGUCAAGUUUCACCUGGAGCGCGAGAAAAAUCCGCACAAAUUCAACAGCCGCAUGAAAAACAAACUCUGGUACUUUGAGUACGCCACCUCGGAGACGUUUGCCGCGUCCUGUAAAAACCUGCACGAAAACCUAGAGAUUAUGUGUGACGGUGUUUCGCUGGAGCUUGCCAACGGUCCACAGCUGCAGGGAAUCGCACUUCUCAACAUCCCAUACACGCACGGUGGCUCGAAUCUCUGGGGGGAGCAUCUUUCCCAGAAGCGCAUGCGGAAAGGUCCGUUUCGAAAGAAACUGAAAAACUCCGACAAAGAGCUGUCGGCCAACAGCUUCAACUCGGUUGAUCUGUCCAUUGCCAUACAAGACAUUGGAGAUCGCAAGAUAGAAGUUAUUGGACUCGAAAAUUGCCUGCACAUGGGACAGGUUCGAACUGGACUACGAGCGUCCGGACGACGGUUGGCACAGUGUAGCGAGGUCAUGAUCACCACCAAAAAAACCUUCCCCAUGCAAAUCGACGGUGAACCAUGGAUGCAAGGCCCGUGCACGAUAAAACUUACACACAAAAAUCAAGUGCCAAUGCUGAUGGCGCCCCGUUCCGAGAAAGGGAGCGGAUUCUUUAGCUUCCUGAAAAGAUGACUCACGAGAAAGCAGAGCACCGAUAUCGUGCUCCCAAGUGAAGCCUAAUAAUAAAGCUUCAAACCUAAGACAUGGCGUGAGUGUGCCUCUCAACGAGUAAAUUUUUCAAUCGGUCCAAUUUUCCAUCCCAACUACACCACCACCACCACCCGUACCGUACCGCUAACGAAGAGGAAUGCACUGGUAGAACAAGGCGCGACCCGGACGGCAACUAACUGAUAGCUUUAAUCAAACGAAACUUAACCAAAAUGCACCCAUUCCCGCGUCACAAUGCAUGCAUCGCACUAAAUCACCCAGUCACUCAAGGCGCCAUGAAACAGUAAUCUCUGAAAUCGCAUCGUCAAACGUCAAUUUAUAUUUUUCGUAGAUUUUCUACUCCUCGCUCACAUACGUAGGUUAUUAAACUAUUGUUUAGUAGCCGCUGUUACUAUCAAUCUUCAAUCCCGGAGGGUUUGCCCAUUGUUAACUGUCCAUGUUUAUCAAUGAGAACUGCUGGCAAGUUUUAAGUUAAAAAAUAAAACAUUAUUUGUCGUCGAGAUGUAAUCAAACCAACCAAGUAGAAACCAUAAAUUAUACACCCUUUCCGUUUAGGGCGUGUAUGCCCUUCCUUUAGAAUUUAAGCUUAAACCACCUACCCGUAUAGGAUAUAUUUCACUAGAAAAAGGAAAACAAUGUCUUGUCUCUGUUAUCUCCCUAUCGUAAGUUCGUCGAUCGAACGUUGAUCUGUUGUUAAAAGCGCCUAUUAUACGUUUAUCGUUCGCUGUAACCCGUUUCGAGAGCGCUCUAAGAGAUGGUUGAAUUUCGAUGGUGCGUUUAAUAUAAAAAAAUAUAUAUACUAUCAUAUUUAUACAUAGCUUACAUAGAUAAACCAUCGUACCGUAUUAUAUCCGUAUUCAUGGGCAUGUAAGAAACAUCGUAAUCUCAUUGAUGGAACUCUGUGGAUCUGUGGCAAUAGCUGUAUCUGUUACCGCGCUAUCCCUUUGCUGUAUUAACGUGCUGCAUUAGUUCGAGCAUAUUGCCAUAUAUACAACAUUAUUACGGUAUAUAUUUACUCCUGUGGUUAGCUCAUUAUAAAGAUGGUACACAACACAACAAACACAUACGCUCGACCGGGAAAAACCCGGUUGGACAAUACACGGUACAAAGAAUACAAAAUGCGAUCAAACUAACACAAAACAAACACAGUUCAUUGCAGCUAUGUGCGACUGGUUCAUGUGCUUUAAAGACAAGGAAAUCUUUUACGGUUCCGUUUCGUCCACGGGGUUGCGAUUUCGAGGGGAAUUGCGAAGCGGGCGGUUCGGUCAAGGGCAAUGCAGCAUCAACUAUACAAGACACAUUUUAUCACCCCUAAUGAAAAAAAACAAAACCACAGACAUAUCUCAAGAAGGAAACACAUGAUUUUUUACCUUUCCUCCUUUCAUCCUAGUUCCUAGCGAAUCUAUCUUUUAGCAAAUAACCGAGGAAAGUGUUCCGUGCUUUGUGCUUCCGCUCAAAUCGUGCACCCAAAGUGGACAAACUGGCGAAAGUAUUUCUUAUAAGUGUUGAAACAUAUGCAUAACGUUACUACGUCCUAUUGCGGCCCGGUAGGAAGAAACCUGUUUCUCGAGAAAAAUGCACAUAUUUAUUUAACAAACAAGAAGAUAGACUACAGUAGUGAGAAUACGAUGAAAGUUACAGCUCACUGAAAAGAAGUGGCAUCAUGAGGUAAGGCAUGACUUCCGACAGCCUUAUGUGGUGUGUGUGUGUGUGUAUAUAAAAGAAGGGGAAUGAAAUGAUAAUAAAAGCGAUAGCACAGCUAACGAAACAUUAUCCCUGUUUGGCGCCCCUAAUGCUGAUACGGAACGGCCGAAAACGCGAUCAUUAAGUAGAAGAUUAAAAGGAACUGUAGAAUCUCUCUCCCUCUCUCUCUCUCUCUCUUGCUGCAUCGAACAUAUAGUGUAAAACAGGCGAUGCAGGAUGAUAUACAAAUAUCUAUAUAUACAUCGUAAUGGAGCUAUAUUUCUUUACAGCCCUUCUUGGGGGCCAGACUAGACGAAAAGUAUUAGGAUGCUACUUUAGUUCGGUUAGGAAAUGCUUUUGUUUUUGCUUCGGUAAGAGAAACGAAACAAACACCACAGUAGCAGUUAACAAUUACUAUUACAAACUAAUAAAAAAUGAGGCCGGUUUGGUGGAUCGCCACCUUCCCCGCUUUGACCCCGUUGUUUCCGAGCGAUGAUGGACAGGCCCAAAACCCACCCAAAGGAGACCCACAGACCAAAGUAAUUGAGAGCAGGGAUCUAAUGUGAGGUGAGAGGAAAAAAACACGAUGGCUGCUGCCAGGUCAGGUCUGUAAGACGUGUGACUUUAAAAACAAAAUAGCUAUACAGAUCCCUUACACCUAACAAUUGUAGAUCAAGCGAGAAUCGAAAAACUAAUGAUAAAUGAUA